AUGCCACCGGCUCUGGGCAUCGCCCUCUUGUAUGCCCUGAUGACCCCAUCACUAAGCCAGCCAAAAGAUGCCAUCCUCAGGCUCAGUAAAGGUGUUUUAAGUGAUGCUCUUACAGACUCGCUCAGGCAAGGCAAUGCCCUCCAAGGUGCCUUCGGAGAGGUGCCACUUGGGAGAGGACGUCCCGGCACAGAUGGAAGUGACGACCUGUUGGGUGGCCUCGGAGGAGGUCUCCUUGGUGGUGGUGGUGGUCUGCUUGGUGGUAUUACUGGUGGUUUGCUGGGCAGCAGUGGUGGAGGAUUGCUGGGGGGACUUACUGGUGGUCUGCUUGGUGGAGGGGGCAAUGCCGGUGGUGGCUUGCUUGGUGGAGAGGGUGGUGAAGGUGCCUACAUCAGGGGGACCAGAAACCCUCCCAGAGGCUGGUCCACAGCUGGUGGCAGUGUCCCCAAAGAUGGCAUCCCCACAGGGGUUGCUGGAGGAGCACUGGGACAAGGAGGUCUGCUAGGUGAUGGAGGUGUCCUCGGCACAGCAGGGAUUCUCGGUGGCACUGGUGGCCUUCUUGGCAGAGGAGGGCUUCUGGGCAAUGGAGGGCUGCUGGGAGGCGGCGGCGUGCUCGGCAUCCUUGGGGAAGGCGGCUUGCUCAGCACCAUCCAGGGGCUCACCGGGCUGAGAAUCGUGGAGCUGACACUCCCCAGGGUGUCCCUGCAGCUCCUGCCUGGCAUCGGCAUCCACCUCAACCUCUACACCCGCGUGGCCCUCAAUGCCAAGAGCCUCCUGGGUUUGCUCGACAUCGCGGUGGAAGUGAACAUCACAUCAAGGGUCAGACUAACCAUGGACAGCACAGGCUACCCCAAACUGGUGACAGAAAGAUGCAAUACCCUCCUCGGUGGCAUUAAAGUCAGACUUCUGAGAGGCCUGCUCCCAGUUGUGGAUAAUUUAUUGGCAAGUGUCCUGAACAGACUUCUUCCUAACCUGCUUUGUCCGGUGGUCGACAUCGUCCUGGGACUCGUCAAUGACCAACUGGGUCUCGUGAACUCACUGGUGCCCCUGGGUUUGGUGGGCAGUAUCCAGUACACUGUGUCUAGUCUUCCCCUGGUAACCGGCCAGUUCCUUGAGGUAGACUUGAACACCGUCGUGGGGCAAGUGGCAGGAGGUCUGGUGGACUACCCACUAGGAAAGCCAGAAGCUGUCCCUGCAGCAGCACGGGUCCCCAUGCCCGCCCUGCCACCGAUGGCAGACUCCAGCUCCUCCCAGCUGGGCCUCUCUGUGAACGUCCUCAGCUCAGUGCUGUCCACCCUGCAGAAGGAGGGUGCCCUGGACCUGGACAUCUCCACCGGCAUGUUUCCUGAGCUCCCGCCACUCACAACAUCAAUGCUUGGAGCCCUGGUUCCUGCGGUUUUCAAGGCAUACCCUGAGUCCCAUGAAUUGCUGCUGAAAAUUGCAGUCCCUGAAGCACCAGUAGUGACCUUAAUGAAAAAUAAAGGCAUGAUCCAGCUCAUGGCUACAGCAGAAGUGAUGGUGAUCCACUCAGACAACAUCCAGAAGUCUCUCUGCCUUCUGAAUAUUGAUGCCUCCUUGCUGGCCCAAUUUUCAGUUGAGGACAACAAACUGAAGAUCGGCGUCAACCUGGAGAAGACUGAUCUCUCCUUGGCAUCUUCAUCCAUCGGUGGUUUUGAUGUCUCGCUCCUGGAGGGGCUCGUUGGCCAGAUUUUAGAUGUUGCCUUCCUGCCUGCAAUGAACAGUGUGCUGGGAGCAGGGGUUCCCCUCCCCAGGCUGCUCAACAUUGACUUCACCAAUGCAGACAUUGACAUCAUCCAAGAUCUCAUUGUGCUGUCGGCGUGAGCCAGGGACAGUGGGCUGGGAAGGGACCCCUGCCUUCCCCGUCCGCCCGCGGAGGGAUGGGAACCCAGCCUGC